CAGACACGUGCGGCGGUGCCCCAUACACUAAUAAACCACUGCGAUAAAAAACAGCUGACUUGGAAUUAACCCGAGCUAAAAGCGGGGAAAAGAGCCGAAACCAGGGCCGGUUCGUGGCCCUGGGGCCCUAUCCACUUGCUGGGAUGGUUGUCCGGGGUGGGCUGUAGAUUCCUGCGGCGGGACUGAAGAGGAUGGACGCAGUUUCCCAGUGCCUGAGGAGAUGUCUCUGGGUCGGCUCCUUUGGCGUGCCUCCUCCAAGGCCUCCGACCUCCUGACCUUAAACUCCGGGGCAGGGGGCUCAUCGUUGCGCUCUGGGUUGGAUGGCGAGAUCAUCUUCUCAAAGAAUAAUGUUUGCGUGCACCCUGCGGAGCCCCUCCCUGGCCUGGCCGAGCACCACCCAGGCUACCUGUGCGUGCACGUGGAGAAAGAUGAGUGCCUGGGCUCCACGCUGUUUCUGACGUGGGUGCCAAAUUCCCGCAUCCAGAGGCAGGAUGAGGAGGCGCUGAGAUACAUCACUCCUGAGAGCUCACCUGUACGCAGGAACGCCCGCCAAAGAGGCAGAAGACCGCGUUCACGUCCUCCGGUAGCAGCUCCAGAGGAAGAGAAGGAGGAGAGGAACAUUAACAACAGCACCUCCACCCAGAGCUUGGUGGGUGAGAAGGGCUUGGACCCCUCCUCUAACCAGCAGCAACUGCUGCUUUUAACCGGGGAGGAGGGCGAUGAGGGAUCCUAUGAGCUGUCGGACGAAGUGAGCCGGGACAGCACCAUGGGCUCAGACUUCUCCUCCCCGUUCUGCCUGUCACCCGUCAGCGAGGCUCUGUGUGAGAGCAGCGGCUCUGUCUUCCUGGACACUGAAAGCAGAGAGCUGUGUGAGGAGUCCAUGAACCACUCUGUGAGCUCUGCAUCCAGUCUGGACAGCCACGCCCCCUCUGAAGGCGGCUGUCCGUCGCAGGCCAUGCGAUGGGAGGAGCAACAGAAGCUGCUGGCUCUGGAGCAGCUGUGUGGAGUCUUCAGGGUGGACCUGGGUAACAUGAGGUCACUGAGACUCUUCUUCAGUGAUGAUCCAUGCACUAGUGGCCAGUUUGUGAUAGCUAGCAGGGAGAGCCAGUAUAAGAUACUUCACUUUCAUCAUGCUGGUCUGGACAAGCUGGCUGAGGUCUUCCAGCAGUGGAAGGGCUGCAGGGAAACCCAACCUAAAGACCAGGUGUCAGACGAAAAGUCCUGUAUGCAGUUUUCCAUCCAGAUGCCGACCUUGCCAUCAACCGAGACCCACCCGGAGGAGAGGCUUUACCGGAGGGUGGACGUCACCACCUGGCUGCGUCACCUCAACCACAGCGGGCAGGUGGAGGAGGAGUACAAGCUGCGGAAGGCCAUCUUCUUUGGCGGCAUCGACCCAUCCAUCCGAGGCGAGGUGUGGCCCUUCCUGCUUCACUACUACAGCUACGACUCCACCUCGCAGGAGAGGGAGGCCUGGAGGCUGCAGAAACGAGCUCACUAUCAUGACAUCCAGCAGAGCAGAUUAUCCAUGAGUCCGGAAGAGCACAGCGAGUUCUGGAGGAAGGUCCAGUUCACGGUGGAUAAAGACAUGGUCAGAAUGGACCGCAGCAACCAAUUCUUCAGAGGAGAGAAUAACCCAAACAUGGAGAUCAUGAGGCGGAUUCUGCUCAACUAUGCGGUGUUUAAUCCCGACAUGGGUUACUGCCAGGGCAUGUCCGACCUGGUGGCCCCCCUGCUCACCGAGAUCCAGGACGAAAGUGACACGUUUUGGUGCUUUGUCGGCCUCAUGGAAAACACCAUCUUCAUCAGCUCCCCGCAAGACGAACACAUGGAGAGGCAGCUGAUGUACCUGCGGGAGGUGCUGCGCCUCAUGCUGCCGCGCUUCCACCAGCACCUGACCCGACUCGGAGAGGACGGCAUGCAGCUGCUUUUCUGCCACCGCUGGAUCCUGUUCUGCUUCAAGAGAGAGUUCCCUGACACAGAAGCGCUGCACAUGUGGGAGGCCUGCUGGGCACACUACCAGACAGACUACUUCCACCUUUUCCUGUGCGUGGCCAUCAUUGUCCUGUAUGGGGAGGACGUGACGGAGCAGCAGCUUGCCACCGACCAAAUGCUGCUGCACUUCAGUAAUCUCUCCAUGCACAUGAAUGGAGAGCUGGUGCUACGCAAGGCCCGCAGCCUUCUCUACCAGUUCCGCCUUCUUCCCAGGAUCCCCUGCAGUCUGCAUGACCUUUGCAAGCUUUGUGGCCCAGGGAUGUGGGAUAGCCGCUACAUCCCCACCGUGGAGUGUUCAGGGGAACACCCGGAUUUACAGAGCUGCCCCUAUGGAGGCACCUCCACCCCACAGCCCUCCUCACCCUCCCCGUCGUCCUCUCCGAACCACACCCCCACACCCCUGCUGGACGGCAAGAGAGGCUGCAAAAAACGGGACAUUUUCACCUUCCGGAAACAGUCCUGAGUGGAGGUUAGCUUCUGCAAUUACUUUAUUAUAAAUUUCACUAAUAUGUUUUUCUUUUAUUUUGGUAGUUGAACUUUUCAUUCGGUGCACCGUUGAACACUGCCUUACCACAGUGUUGCUGUUGACGUUCAGCAUCGCGUAAAUCCGCGAUGGGGGUGGCCUGCAGUCAGACAAAUCGGAGGUCAAGAGGCUGCUUUCUCCUCUGAGCAGAACAGACAAUCACCAGGCACUGUGUCGGUCUGGAGCUACUUCAGGUUUAAGUCUGCUGCUGGUUUGGCAUUCUUCCACAGGACUUGUGGGCACCGGGGAGAUCACAGCAGGGUCUCAGGCAACUGGCCUCUCAGACUCUAAAGGGUCAAAAAGCGAACUGGGGAGUCUUUCACAGAACUGGAACUUUGACUUUUAAAAAUGUUCUUGGGUUCUCACAAUGGAAUAAUUGUGUGAAUGUCAAAUAUUAUGUGCAUAUUUAAAGUCUGAGACUCUUUUUGACAUAAAAACUCUUUGUGUUAAAGAAGUAGUAUGAAUA